GGCGCAGUGCGGCGCGAGGCCGCGGCGGCCGCUCCCUGGCUGGCAGUGCUCGCUAAGAUGGCGGAUUUCCUGCCAUCACGGUCCCCGCUCUCGGGCUGCUUCCCCGGCUGCCUGCUCAACAGCAGCGAGGCGGAGCAGCAGCGAAAGUCCAAAGAGAUCGACAAGUGCCUCUACCGCGAGAAGACCUACGUCAAGCGGCUCGUCAAGAUCUUGCUGCUGGGCGCGGGCGAGAGCGGCAAGAGCACCUUCCUCAAGCAGAUGCGCAUCAUCCACGGGCAGGACUGGGACCGGCCCGCUCGAGAGGAGUUCCGUGCCACCAUCUAUAGCAACGUCAUCAAGGGUGUAAGAGUCCUUGUGGAUGCUCGAGAGAAACUUCAUAUUCCCUGGGGAAAUCCAGCUAACCAAACAAAUGGUGACAAACUGAUGGCCUUUGAUACCCGCUCAGGAGUGGCAAUACACGGGAUGGUGGAGACCCACAUUUUUUUACAGUACCUUCCAGCAAUAAGAGCCUUAUGGGCAGAUAGUGGUAUCCAGAAUGCCUACGACAGACGCAGAGAAUUUCAGCUGGGAGAAUCGAUAAAAUACUUUCUGGACAACUUGGAUAAACUUGGAGAACCAGACUAUCUUCCCUCACAGCAAGAUAUUCUAUUGGCACGAAGACCUACAAAAGGGAUCCAUGAGUACGAUUUUGAGAUUAAAAAUGUUCCCUUCAAGAUGGUUGAUGUAGGUGGCCAAAGGUCAGAGCGAAAACGUUGGUUUGAGUGCUUUGACAGUGUCACCUCAAUAUUGUUCCUGGUUUCGUCAAGUGAAUUUGACCAGGUACUUAUGGAGGAUCGACUAACAAAUCGCCUUACAGAAUCUCUGAACAUUUUUGAAACUAUUGUCAACAACCGGGUUUUCAGCAAUGUCUCCAUCAUUCUCUUCCUAAACAAAACAGACUUACUUGAGGAAAAAGUUCAAAAAGUGAGCAUCAAAGACUAUUUCCCAGAAUUUGAAGGGGAUCCUCACAAUGUAACAGAUGUCCAAAAAUUCCUGGUAGAUUGUUUUCGUACCAAACGCCGGGAUCAGCAGCAGAAGCCCUUAUAUCACCACUUCACCACUGCUAUUAAUACAGAAAACAUCCGCCUGGUAUUCCGUGAUGUCAAGGAUACCAUCCUUCACGAUAACCUCAAGCAGCUCAUGCUACAGUGAUGUGCAAAAAGACUUUGAUUUGUGUUACUAGUUUACAGCAGGAGUUGGAAAAAACUGGUCUUGUCAGACCUGCUGCUGUUAUAGUUAUUGCCAAUUUCUCUUGAAAUUCAGGCUUUAAUCUUUUCCACUGUAUUUUCCAUCUUGAAUCAGUUUUAAUUUCUUAGCAGACUUUCGUUUUGUAAAGCUAACUACAAGUUUUAACCUCUUCCAUCUUUUCAGAUUGAUGAAGCCUGUACUCUUUUAACAUCUAGUAACCUGUAGACAUGCGGUUGAAAGAAUUUACUUUAGAAACUUGCUAAGUUUAAAGCGGUUUGGCAUGUGAAAGGGCUAUAGGAAGAUUUAAUUCUGGACAGCUCUCCAAACUUGGCCAACCACCAUCACCACCACCAAUUAUUCUGUAUGGCAAACAGCUCUACUCUGUCAAAUAAUUAAGCUAUAUUUGAAGUUUACAAAUGCAAUUCUGGUCCCAUGCCAAUAGAGGGUGCUCACAAAUGGUACCAGAAAAGAGAACAGUUGUGGUCUACUACCACUGAAUAUUUUAAGCAAAUUGAAUCUGCAUAGGGACUUCUGGUCUUGAUUGGUGAUUUGUAGGUCAUAUGGUUUAACAAAACCUGUGCUUUUAUAGUUUGGAACUAAACUAGCCUAAAUCACAGUUGCUUGCGGCUUUCAAAGCUGUCAGUUGCUGUGAAUAAUCCAUUGUUUAAGAAUGCUCCUUGAAUUUUUUGCUCAGUUUGCUCAGAUAUUGUGGUCGGGUAAUGGUGGAAGCCAAGCAUGAUAUGUGUUUCUGCUAAACAGUGACAGUGUUUAUAAAUGUGGCUUGUUAAACUAGUGUGGCAACAUUGAGUGUACAUGCAGCUGUAGUUGACACAGCACUGGCCAUUAUAUUGGCCGGAAAAGCAAAACUUAUUUUGAAAAGGGUUAAAGUGAUUGAAUGAUCUCCAAGGAAUGCCUUAUUGCAAAAAGUGAAAUUUUUAAAAGGGCUCCACCUUCCACCUCAAUUUCUACGCACCGCAAUAACUCAGCCUUGCAAGCAAACAUUCAUUGGAAAUAAAAUUUAUUGACUCUUUUUUUCAUCUCAAUUGAGGAUACUGGUAAUACUUUUGAUUUCUCAGGUAUUGGUUUAAAAGCCCACAUAUUACCAGUUACUCUGGACAUCCUAGUUUAACUAAAGUUUAUCACAGGUGUUCUUCUGUUUAAAGCAUAGCAUAAUAUCUACAAAAAGGGAUUGACACGUAUACCUAUUCUAAUGUUUACUGCUAUAAAUGUUUCAAUGGUUAACAUGAUGAGAGACUAGCAUCGCAAUUUACCUUUUCUAUGCACAGACAAAACUUGGUGCAUUGCUAUUUCUCUCAUUUGCCAAGUGCUACUAUUAUGUAAUCUUUGUGGAAGGAACUUAGUCAGCAAAAUGUCCAUAUUUUUUAAAACCAACCUAAUUUUGCUACGUGUUAGAUUCACGUAACCCAAGAAAUUGUGCCAAUUAAGUGCUUUAAUAGAACAGGCUCAAACUUUCUCUGUUCUUCAGUGGGCCUAGUCCGUCUAUUGUUCCUUGAUGUAGGAUCUUUUAACCUAAAGUGCCUCUUAAUUUCUUAUACUUGUAGUGGCCUUAAUGAGAAUCCCACUUUACCAGAGAGUGGCUUUUGCGAGGGGACGAGGAGAGCUCAUUUGCCAGGGUAGACUUCCAGACACUGCAUAGAGAUGAUAAUUAACUACUGCAUAUUUGCUAGGAAAUACAAAAAAAAGUUAUGACCAGAAUUCUAAAUGUUCUAAUAGACUACACAUGUUCUGGAGGUAUCAUUUCUCCCAAUCAAGCUUUCUUUCAGAAUUCCCUCAAAAUUUGUAUAUUGCGGGAUUAGAAUAAUUUUUGCUAGAUCUCUGCUAAAUUGAGCUGGAUGAGGAGAUUGUUAUCCUUGUUAACUGGACAGUAACUGUUUUAAUCAGAUUUCCCUACCAGUUUAAUACAACAAACUAUGAUAUCUAUGUGAAACUAACAAUGUAUAUGAAGAAAUAAGAAUAACCAAAGCUGUUUCACUGGCUCAGCUUUAUAAUACUGCUAAUGGGGUACAGAGGUUACUCUUUCUUGGAUAGAAAUUUGUCAUUGUCCUCUAGAUUGCUACAAGAGCUCAGUGAAGAAGGUCAGUUUAUUUGUUAAGGCAAAUCUGUGCUUUGGGAAUAAAAUUAAAGAUUUAAAAAUUUGCAGUGGAUUUACAAAUGUGGCCUGUGUAAGGUUCCAAUGACAUGUGAUGUGCAGUCUUACAUGUAUAAUUUCCCUGCUGCUUUUUAAAUCCAAAGCAGCUGUGGGGGGCUGCAAAUAUAAGUGGAGGAAUUGGAAGGGGAGAAAAAGUUGCCUCCCCCCCCCACCUCCCCCGCAGCUUUUCCACUCAGUCUCACACUUACAGAGUGGCUUACCCCCUGCAGCUUGCAGGAGCAAUUUUGAUAGAAGUAGUAGUCAGAAAAGGAAAGUUUAAGUACCCCUUCCCUCAGCCAUUUCCCCACUUAAACUCCAAAGACAGCUUUUGUUUUUUGUUUAAAAAAAUGUGAUGGGAAAGAUGCAUGUGACUGUGUCUUUUCUAAUUUGGGCAAUUUCUAUGAAAUUGGUAUUGGCACCAGAAACAUUCAAGCAGAUUCUGGAUCUUGAGUAAGCAGUAUCAUAGACUAAAUUCUCACCCCACAUAUUCUAGCCUUAAUCCUCAAGCCUAGGGCUGGUUCUUUCUCAUUUCCUUCCUUUCCCUUGUCUUGUUAAUCACAAUCAUGGUGGGUUCUAGGCCAUAGGUCACCUGUCUAUGGGCCCUGGAAAGCAUUGGGACAGAUUUUAUUGUCCUUGGGGGGUCUAUGGCACUUUCUGUAAUACUCCUAAAGUGUUCUAAUAAUGCAACAAGAAAUUGCAAAACACAAACCUAUUGUUAACAAGAAUAGUGUAGUCAGCCCUCUAAAUUCACCCCAAGAAUCCCUUUACAAAACACACUUAAAAUAUCAAAAUGUAUAUUUUUAACAUUUUAAUAGACAGAUUGGUGAAACCUUACAUUUUUAGAUGCAGUUGUUUCAAAUUCAGGGCUUACUUACAGAUGCUAUUUUAGAAACAUUUUUUCUAAAAAUAAUAACGGUUCAUAAAUCAUGUUACAAGUUGAGGGAUGAUCUUUUUUUUUUCUUUUUAGUACUUUUAGUUUUCUUAUUUCAGUGGAAAACAAGCUGACUUACCUUGCCUUUGAGUUGCAUCCACUGAUGGAAGACGUUCUGUCAGCAUAACUGGGAAGAGGGCAAUUCCCUUCUCCCCACAUCUCUUCCCCCCACCCUUGUAUUCUCAAAAUGUGCUCUGAAGGACUGGGAAAUCCUCUAGCAGAUUUUGGGCCAGUGAAGGCAGCCAGGGAAGCACAGAGGGACACAAUCUUCAGACUUCCACUAGCACAAAGUUGAAUCUAACCCCAUGGUUUUAGAUUUUUACAAAAUUUUACAUUUUUAAGUCAUUAACAAAACACGUUUAACAUUCAACAAGGUAAUUCAUUUUAUACACACACACGUCUUUAGCCUUGUGCCUUAUUUUGGAGUAGCUCAGUAUGAAUAGCCAUUUGUCAAGGCUGGAUAAAUCCUGUUUUCUCUUAUUGUGAAGUGCAAGACAGGACUGCUCUACACUCAGACUUCCUGUAAAGGUCACUCCAGUGGGGAAGAACAGCUUGAAAGAGCCCCAAAAAUAGAGUGAGGAGGUUUUGAGUAAAAAGCCAGGGUUGGCAGGGUGGUGGCAAUGCUUCAUUGAACCAUGGUCUCCCAAAAUACUUUACUCUCAAUGUGAAUUUGAUUAUCUUCUAAGGUUAGUUUAGAGACUAACCUUAAGCCUGGGUAUCAAGGCAAUAGCAGCAAAUUUCUUUUCAAGCCACUGAUUAGAUUCUGUGUAUGCUAGAGUCAAUUGCUCACAAGUCAGCUUUAAUAAGCCUUUCUCUAUUUGAUGAUACCAAAAAGAUAUCUCUAAGAUCAGACUUGCAAGAAUUACACAACAUUGUAAUAGUGCCAUUUGCAGUUUUCUUUAUCUUGUACUUGAAAGCAAAUUAUUGCCACUUAAUUGAAACUGCUUUCGUGUCCUUCAACAACAGUGAGAGCUUACAUUCUAUAAAGCCUUUCUCUAAAAUAUAUAUUUUGUAACAACCUCACAGAAUCUUUAUCUAAUGAAACCAAGAUUUGUAUUAGCUUUGUAUAAAUAUGGGGUGUUCUGUGGCUUUUUUAUAUGUGUAACUUUUGUAACUUUCCAGGGACUAAGAGAAUCUGCUACUUUGUAAAUUUCCCCCUAGCCUUUGUUCUGCGUUGGCGAUAAAUUAUUUCUAAAGACGGUCUUAAGACUUUAAAGGCAGAAUUUUAAAAUGGUUCGAUUACUAAUAGAUGAAAACCUCUUUUAGUUGUACAUUGCUUUCUGUACAUACUCUGCAGGUGUUCCAACCAUUAAUAUUGCCUUAUGUAAAUUACUGACGGUAAAUAAACAAUAUACAUCCUCA